AUGUCUAUUAGAAUUAUUGGAAUCGGUGAAUCAACAAGAGUUCUCCCGAUUAUUACAUGCCUUAAUGAAUUAGGUCUUCCUUUCGAACUCGAUCCUCCUAGUAGUUUAGCUGAUUUAAAAACAGAGGACUAUAUUGCUAAUAAACAUCCUUUCGGAAAAAUCCCUGUCCUUUAUGAUGGAGAUUUUAAAAUUACCGAAUCUCGUGCAAUUUGUCGUUACCUAGUAUCUAAAUACCAGGGCAAACAUAAUAAUACGGUGUUGAUCCCUAACGAUGUUCAUAAAGCCGGACUAGUCGACCAAUUUAUUUUUUAUGAAUCAUUUUACUAUGAUCCGGGGGUCUCAAAACUCUUAUUUCAAGAAGUAUAUUCUGAAAAAUAUCAUGGUAAAGCCUCGGACCCCGAAAUUGUCAAGCAAGCUCGUGAAGAAAUUGCCAAAGUUUUAGAUGUUUAUGAGAGGCUUUUAGAAGGAAAAGAAUAUUUAAAUGGUGAAUAUUCUUUAGCUGAUCUCCUUCACUGUCCUACUUUUCAUUUCUCCUGCGUUGUCGCCAAUCAUUCUGAUUUAUGGAAUGAAAGACCCAAUGUUAAAAAAUGGAAGGAUAGAUUGAUUAGUAGGGAUGCCUGGAAAAAGGCUGCUUCGGAAUAUAUCAAUAACUGA